CGGUCUUGGCAUCUUGACAAGCUAACACACUUUUAACUUUCGCAAGAAUUCCCAGAAUAGCAUUUCAAGAUCCAUCAAUAACCAAAUACAUACAUACAACAUUGACCUGCGUUCGUCACAUAACGCCGACUUGGAAUCUCCAGCUUUACAACACGACCAGACAAGGAAAAACCCAAAAUCAAGUGGGGAAUACCAAAUCACGCGAAUGAAGCUUUGCCUCUGUAGAUAAGUUUGGAUAAAAAUUAACAGUGAGCAGUCGACCGCGGCGACCGACAGCUAUCAUAAUUAAAAUCGCCAAUUCAAAUUCAGCGCGCGUCAACGCCACCAGCGCCAAUAGCCGGUUGUAAACAACGACCCAACUUCCAACGUCGCCGACUUGCUGCUUGCCCACAACAAAUUCGAUCAUUCGUAAAUAAGUUGUUGCAGCAUGAAGACGUCGUACCUGACUGUGUGGGUCGUGCUGGUGGCAUUAGUGCCAUUCGGCGCCAGAGGUCAGCAACGCUCCGACGCUGAAUUGGAAGCCGCCAUACGUGACAUCUUCACCACUCCAAGCACUUCUUUUUUGAGUGAUUUUGGUGAGGUGGUCACGCCGAAACCCGCAGAGAGUUUCGGAGCUGUUGAAAGAUGUGGUGAAGGAGCUGAUGCUGGUGUACACGCAUGCGUACCGUAUUAUAAUUGUGAUGGUACCACUAGGACCAUCAUCCAGACUGGGUCAACUGAUGGUUUUGGUAUUAUUGACAUCAGGCUUGGACAGAGUGCCUGUGACCAUUUCUUGGAUGUUUGUUGUGGUAUACCGAAAGAUGGCAUCCCUCCAGAGAUUACCACACAGAAACCGGUUGUGGAUCCAAAGGAACCUGUUGUUUCUUCUACUAUUCCUCCGGUGACACCUGGCAGAGGCAAUUUCUGUGGAAUAAGAAAUAAUAACGGUAUUGAUUUCAAAAUUAUUGGUAACAAGGACAAUGAGGCGGAAUACGCGGAGUUCCCAUGGAUGAUUGAGAUCCUCUUGAGGCAACCCAAUGGUUUAGUCCAGGCUAUUUGUGGUGCGGCGUUGAUCACACCAAAUGUCGUCAUUACAGGAGGACACUGCGUUAAUAAGGUUAAGACCACAGAUAUUUUCAUCCGUGCAGGAGAAUGGGACACACAAACCACCAGAGAAAGGGUACCAUAUCAAGAACGCGAUAUCUCUGAUAUUAUUAUUCAUCCUGAAUUUAACCCCAAGACUGUUUUUAAUAACGUCGCGUUGUUGAUCUUGAGUAGACCUUUGAAAAAAGCUGAUAAUAUAGGUACUAUUUGCUUACCACCUCCGGGAUUGGUCAAUAAUGCCCAGGAAUGUUUCGUUACUGGUUGGGGCAAGUCCAUGUUCGGUUCCCAGAGUGCCCCAUCGGUGAUUCUGAAGAAGAUUCGCGUCCCAAUGGUGCCAUUUAAUGAAUGUCAAAGAGCCUUGCGUACAACCCGCUUGGGGGCGCUGUUUAACUUACAUGAUUCUUUUGUUUGCGCUGGAGGCAAACAAGGACAAGAUGCUUGUACUGGUGAUGGUGGUGGUCCAUUAGUGUGUCCGGAUCCAAACAACCCCAAACGUUAUCAACUUACCGGUAUUGUAUCAUGGGGUAUUGGAUGCGGAGAAAAUGGCGUACCAGGGGUUUAUGCAGAUGUUGCCAAAUUCCGAGAUUGGGUUGAUGGUGAAAUGGGCAAACAAUUUUUGGAUACGAAACCCUAUACUGUAACAAGAUCAAACUUCACCAUGUCGCUUCUACAAGUAUCAACGCUUUUGCUCUCUGUAAUAAUAAGCCUUCAUUCUGCAAUAUUGAAUUCACCAAACGAAAUAGUGGAUAGAAAUAUCGCAGAAGUAUUUGGCAAACAUGUGUGCGUGCCUUAUCAUCAAUGCGAUCCUGAGACAAACGAAAUUCUUACCCAGGGAGUGGCCGAAGGCAAAAUCAUAACUAUAAUACCAAGAUUAGGUGAUGACAAAUGUUCGGAUCAUUUGCAUAAAUAUUGCAAAGUUCCACCAAAUUUUGAUCCUGAUAAUCAAAUACCACCUCCGGAAAAACAUAAAGCAACGAAACUUAAUUAUUGUGGCAUACACAAGAGAGACGGGGUUGGUAUUCAAGUUACAUCAAAAGAUAAACACCUUAGGGAGACCAUGGCGCAGUUUGGUGAAUUUCCAUGGAUGUUGGGCAUUUUGCCACUUAAUGCCACUCCUAAAGCAGAAAUACUCUGUGGAGCGUCAUUGAUAGCGCCAAAUGUAGCAAUAUCAGCGGCACACUGCUUCAAAGAAUAUAAAGCUGAAAAUAUAAAAGUACGCGCUGGUGAAUGGGAAUUAUAUUCUAUACUAGAAAGUAUACCAUUUCAAGAGAGUGAAGUUUCCAAAAUUAUUAUUCAUCCUCAAUAUAACAAAGUCAAUUUAAAUUAUGACGUGGCACUGGUAAUUCUUAAAACUGAGUUUAAAUUUUAUAAAAACGUUGCUACUAUAUGUCUACCAACGCAGGACAAUUUUAUACUGUCAUCUGCAUGUUUUGUAAAUGGUUGGGGAAAGAAGCAAUUGACCGACAAACAAAAUACGAAAAUUUUGAAAAAACUGAAGCUCCCAACGGUUUCAUCUGUUGAUUGUCAACAGGCUUAUAGAACCACACAGCUUGGUUAUUAUUUCAUGUUACACGAUACUUUUAUUUGUGCUGGAGGAGAUGAAAAUGUUGAUUGUUGCAUUGGCGAUGGUGGUGGUCCUUUAGUCUGUCCUGAUCCUAAUAAUAAUGGCAGGUAUGUAUUAACAGGAAUUGUAUCUUGGGGAAUCGACUGUGGCUUGGAAGAUAUUCCUGGAGUGUAUGCAAACGUUGCUAAAUUCAGAUAUUGGAUCGACAAAACCUUUAAAGAUGAAAACCUAAAUUCGUCUUAUUAUAUUGUGUAUGCAUCAAGUAGUGUAAAACCUCAAUAUAACAAAAUAAAUUUAAAUUAUGACGUGGCACUGUUAAUUCUUAAAACGGAGUUUAAAUUUUAUAAGAACGUAGCUACUAUAUGUCUACCAACGCAGGACAAUUUUAUACUGUCAUCUGAAUGUUUUGUAAAUGGUUGGGGAAAGAAGCAAUUGACCGACAAACAAAAUACCAAAAUUUUGAAAAAACUGAAGCUCCCAACGCUUUCAUCUGUUGAUUGUCAACAGGCUUAUAGAACCACACAGCUUGGUUAUUAUUUCAUGUUACAUGAUACUUUUAUUUGUGCUGGAGGAGAUGAAAAUGUCGAUUGUUGCAUUGGCGAUGGUGGUGGUCCUUUAGUCUGUCCUGAUCCUAAUAAUAAUGGCAGGUAUGUAUUAACAGGAAUUGUAUCUUGGGGAAUCGACUGUGGCUUGGAAGAUAUUCCUGGAGUGUAUGCAAACGUUGCUAAAUUCAGAUAUUGGAUCGACAAAACCUUUAAAGAUGAAAACCUAAAUUCGUCUUAUUAUAUUGUGUAAAGUUGGUUGCCUAUG